AUGGUUACAUUGGCUUCUCCAUCGUCAUCAACGGGUGGGAGAACGGGCUCGCUGCAAGUGCUUCCGGCCCUAGUAACCGACGACGACAUAUUCCAAACCCACAGCCCCAGCGCCAACUUCGCCGACGCCUCUUCCUGCGGCGCACAGCAACAAUCCAUCUUCAACACCAACACCCAACUCAUCGUCUACGAGCCCGGCGCCGGCAGCCCCCCGCUCACCCUCCAACCCGACUUCGCCUCCACUCCAUCCCCGUCAUUGUCGCUGGGCGGCAAGACGGCGCUGGUCACGCGGCUGCGGGCCGACGGGAACCUGGUCGGUCUCGUCACCACUGGUGCCGAGUGGGCGGUCAGGUGGGCGAGCAGUAGGCACUCGGCCGCGUGCGGGGCCGACGGGUCCUUGUGCGAGUUGGGCUUUGGUGGGGAUGGGAACUUUGUGCUGUACGAUGCUAAUCGUCCGGUGUGGGAUGUCAGGACGUCAGGGGUUGGGGCGGGGUCGGUGUUUUCCGACGCCGCGCCGUGGGUGGCUGUUAUGGGGCGGGAUGGCGAUAUGGUGUGGACGAUUGCGGAUUUGGCAUUUGGCUGGGUGAAUGUCUUCACCUUGGAGGAGCUUGGUUGACAUGUAUUAGAUCAACCUGAGGGGAGUAGUUCAGGGGUUAACAGAGCUGGUUUGGAGGAUUCUGAAGUGGCACGGUUCAUUAGAAGGCUGUCCAUGUCCCGUUGCGCUGAGAGGCAGGUAAAUCCGUACAGUCCUCGCACUACGAGGGGCACCAUGAUUGAUGGCCGGAGGAAGUCGGGGCCGUCGGUAAAGAACCAACUACCUAC